AUGUUUGACAAAGGUCAAUAUGAUUGGCCACAUCUGGAACUGUUUGGGAAGAAGAGGGAGGAGGUUGUAUUGGACUAUCCAUCAGAAUUUAUUACUGGGAUAAGAGGUACCUACUAUAAUAAUUAUAAUGGUUUGAGAUCAAUAAUCUUUGACACCAACAAAGGCAUCCACGGACCAUAUGGUCGCAAUGUCGAGUCCGAGGCCUGCAAUGUAUUCAACCUUCCAAUAGCUAAUGAUUGUUCUUUUGCUGGAUUUUAUGGCAUUAAAAAUGAUAAACUCAUUGGAGAUAUUGGCAUGUAUGUGAAGCCCACCACAUCUUCUAUCAUUGAGUCCGGCGACGCAUCUAUUAAGGCCCGUGAAAAAUGA